AUGACCGACGUGCAGGGCGACCAAUGGCAGCGAGCCUCACCCCCUGACGAAUGGGAGCGCGAGUUACCUCAGGAGGGGGGCGGGAUGAACCGCGGAGAGAGCCAAUGGGACUACGCGCCGCCGCACGGCGAGGAGAACCAAUGGGAGCGCGAGUCGCCACAUGAGCGGGCGGGGCGAACGAGGGAGAACCAAUGGGAGGCGGGUAUAAGGGAAAGGAGGGAGGGGCUGAUGGCGGGGCGGACCAAUGGGAAGGAGGCGCAGCCCGGAAGCGGCGCGGCGCGGGCGCGGCGCAUGCGCAGUGCGCGGUGCCCAGCCAUGCCGAAGGGAGCGCGGCCGGCGGGGCCCAAACAGGAGGAAUGGAAGGGGGGGGGCGACGACCAGCCCGUCAAGAAGGGCAAGAAGGACCGACGGGGCAAGAAAUCCUUCUUCGAGGAGUUGGCGGAGGAGGAGAAACCCCCCCCCAAGAUCGAGCCCCCCCCGGCCCCCGACAGGGAGGGGCCCCCCCAGGGGUCCCGCCGGAAGCGAGAGCGCCGGAAGGAGCCGCGGCCCCGCCCGGGGGCGGAGCCUGAGCCCGAGGAGGCGGAGCUUCAGCGGCGGCUCCAGGCCCUGGCGGCCGCGGACUCGGAGGAGGAGGAGGAGGAAGUCGUGGCCCCCCGGAAAGGAGGGAGGAGGAGGAAGGGCGGGAACGUGUUCGCGGCGCUGAGUCGGGAGCAGAGCGAGGAGGACGAGGAGGAGGAGCUGAAGAGGGGGGAGGAAGGCUCCAGGCCCCCCAAGGGCAAGAACAACAAGCAGGAGGAAGAGGAGGGCGAGAGGAGGAAGAGGAAGGGCCACAAGAACGAGAAGGCCAAGGGGAAGCAGAAGGGCAAAGCUCCCAGUGAGGACGAGGCCGAAGGCUCCGAGGAGGAGGCGAAGCCCAAGGGGGGGAAGCAGAACAAGUUCCUGGCUCUGAGGGGGGAGGAGGAGGAGGAGGAGGAGGAGGAGGAAGAGGCCGAAAAGCCCCGGAAAGGGAGCGAGGGG